GUGCAGGUUGCGUUCAGCCUGCUCAAUGGUGAUGCCUGCACCUGGGCCACUCCUUACUUCUCCCAGCUCGCAUCAGUGCAGAUGGGUGUACAAGGAGUCAAGACCCCAUUCCGGAACGAAGCAGCCUUCACUGCUACCUUCAAGGCUUGCUUUGGUAACCUCAACGAUGAGGCAGCGGCACAAGUAGAGUUGGCAAAACUCUGUGUGGACAAGUCGGUCUGUGAAAAAUGCACUGCUGCAGAGUUCUCCGCGCUGUUCAAGGGUCCGGCGGACCGUUCUGGGUAUGGGGACCUAGAACUACGCGACAAGUACCUGAGCGACAUCCCCUCCCAUGUCUACCAAAAGAUUGAGCUUGAGGCCUUCACCACGUGGCAAGAAGCUGAGAAGCGCACCACUGAGGUCGAGCAGAUCCUUGACAUUAGCCAGGCACGCUGGGGGUGGCUAUUGAACAACUUCUUCUCGGCACAAGGUCGAGGACGCGGUGGGGCACGUGGUGGUGCACCCCGACCACAAGGAGCUUCGGCCAGCAUCAAUGUGGCCGUCAGAAAAGGUGACUUUCCAGGCGAAUGCUUUGGCUGUGGGAAGCAAGGGUACCGACGUUUUGAGUGCCUCAACUGUAAGGACAAGCCUUACACAAAACACGCUGACGCGCAGGCUACGGUUGCCUUGGGUUCCACCCAGGUGGCGACAAGCGCCCCCGUCGCUUCAUCCUCGGCGAGUACAAGUGCCGCUUUAGCAAAAUUGGAUAGUUUUGAGCUGGCGGACUUAAUAGCACAUAUAAAGUCGAUGUGCGAGGAGCUCGAGCACUACCGAGCAAUGAAGGAGGAGUCUUUUUGA